GUUGACCAAUUAAACUUUUGCACAUGCCUUCUUGAAGAGCACGGCCUAGCACUUUUGUCAGUAUAUAAAUGUAUCCACUUGGAUUCUUUGAUGUUGCAUGGACCUUUCUCCACCAAUCAAUCUGUAAAGGCAGAGGAAAAAUGGCUGAAGAACCUUCAAAGUUAUCAGAAGGGUUUCAAGAAUCAUCUGAGGUGAUCACAGUUAGGCCUACUGAAUUAUCUGAUGUAGAUGAUUUGAUGGUAUGGCUUACGGAUGAUCAGGUCAGUCGAUAUUGCAUAUGGGAUACUUACACUUCCAGAGAACAAGCCUUAGAUUACAUCAAGAAUAUUGCUAUUCCUCAUCCAUGGUCAAAAGUGAUAUGUAUAGACAAUCGGGCAAUUGGCGCUAUUUCUGUGACUCCAAAUUCUGGAAAUAGCAAGUGUAGAGCUGAGCUUGGAUAUGUCCUUGGGAAGUAUUACUGGGGUAAAGGAAUCAUGACGAGAGCAGUGAAAACGGUGGCUUCUGCUAUAUUUGAUGAGUGGCCGUAUUUGGAAAGAUUGGAAGCUACAGUUGAUGUCAACAAUAAGGCUUCACAAAGGGUUCUUGAGAAAUCAGGAUUCCAAAGAGAAGGUGUUCUCAGGAAGUACAAGACAGUGAAGGGGUAUUCUAGAGAUGUUGUCAUGUUCAGCUUUCUCUCCACGGAUCGAUCACCAAGUUGACUAGUUUCCUCUGUCUAAUUUCUCAUUCAUUCUGUUGUGUUCCCUUAUUUGAUUUAGAAGGAUUGUAAUUCGAUCUUCUUCUUUUGUGUAUCAAAAGUAUCAUUUUUAGCUUAGAACUAAUUCCAGUUUCCAUAUACUGGAAAAUUAAAGAAAUCAGGAUUUAGUAGAGAUGGUCUUUUCAGGAAGUACAAAACAUGUAAAGGGCCUGCUAGAGAUGUUGUUGUGUUUCAGUUUUCUUUUACAAAUCCUGCGAGUUUUGCACA